GGAGUUUUAUCCUCGUCCGGGCGUGCGCGAUAAGGCGUUGGGCGUGCGACUAGGAGAGAGACCACUCGUGACAUAAUAGCUCCGUUAUUUCCCUCGUGUAGAGAUUUAGUCCACACGCACGGCGGCAAGUGAGGGGACGACUGUGUGCGUAUGCGCGCGCGCGCAUGUAUAAUAUCUGUGUUGGAUGUGUAUGCGUGCCUGUGUGUGUGCGCGCGCGCGCCUCUGUGUGUGUGUGUGUGCGCUCUCGCGACGGAGAAUGUGCGGAAGCCCAGCUGUUCGCAGCCCUUGCGACUUGGCCGAUGCGCAAGAGUCGGAUAUCGUCGCGUUACUCGCCACUGUGGGCACGCACGCAUCGCACCGCUCGAGUCGCGCAUAAUUGAAUCGCCCGGUUGAUCGGAACGGCGCGGUCCUGCGUGUCGACUCGAGCCGCGGGUCUCCGAUCCCGUACGGCGCACGGUCGCGAUUGCUUCGUCCACGACGCGCGGCCAGGAUCCGUCCUAACCUUAAAGUAUCGGGAGUGUAACCGUGCCCACGGAUCAUCGGAUCGCUUUCGUGCACGCGCGAGAACGUACGACGGGGACGGGCCGCGGGGCUAUCGAGCGCGCGACGCUUUCGUCUUUUCGAUUUCCUCAUCUCGAUCGUGUCUCGGAGUGAGGAAGCCCGGGAGCGCGAGAUGUUUACGAGGCUAGUUCUGAAUUAAUCAGCCGCGUACGCUCGAGUGGCGAGCGAGGAUCAAUGAACGAUGCCAGCGCGUUGCACUUCCCUACGAAAAAUGUCCCGUGAAAUUAUUAGUCUACGUGGCGGAGAAUCGAUUAGUAUGAAAUUGUUCAUUUUAGAAAGCAUUCAGAGCAGUUCUCGGAUAAGUACAAACAGAACGUUGGUACGGAGGAAGGGAAGACAGUUUCUUUGAUUCUUUCUGGCGAAAAAAAAAAAAUAAUGCCGAGCAUCGACAUGGUGUUUGUGCGCAGAGGGUUCGUGCGAGAGAGGACGAUGAUUCGAUCGGGAGAAACGUAAGAAUCACCGCAGUCACUCUGGCGCGUCGUGGCGAAUUGGGUCAAAGGCCUGGAUCCUCACCCUGUUCCUUCUCGUCUUCAUCUAUGAAACGGCCGCAAAAGAUGCCGGGUUCAUCGACGCAAGACAGACCCCGUGCUCAUCGGCUUACGGACAUCGAGCCUCAGGGCUCAGCAUGUAAUCGGGCAGACGAUUUCAGCACACCUGUUAGUUCCGGUAGCAACAUGGGUAGUAUCGCGCGCUUUCCGAAACUCGAUGAGUGUGCUCAUUUUCACUACGAGCACGUUGAACUGGGUACUCUAGAGGUAUCAAUGAACGAAGAUUCCAACGAUUCGGAGAGCUACGCAGUUCGCAUAACGUCCGGAGACGCGUGCUGGACACUGCAGAGAUCCUACGACAACUUCGUCAUGUUCGACAAGCAGUUGCAUCGCUGUAUAUUCGAUCGAAAGUUCUCCUCCCUGAUGAAACUUCCAGACAUUCAGCCGAAAAACGCUCGUGACGUACUGAAGGAUUAUCUGAACCGAUUCUCGCAAUUAAAUCACGAGGGUUUAAACUGCGGCCCGGUGCUGAAUUGGUUGCAACUCGAUAACAGAGGUAGAAGGAUUUUGGUCCCGGAAUCGGAUUCCUGCCCGAUAAACACCCCAGCCGUUGCCGCGGCGUAUGCAGUGAGGCCUUACACCGCGCAGGCGCAAGAUGAGAUCUCCUUUCAGGUAGGCGACAUGAUAUCCGUCAUAGACAUGCCCCCUUCGGGCGAAAGCACGUGGUGGCGUGGAAAGCACGGAUUCGCAGUUGGCUUCUUCCCGGCGGAAUGCGUCGCUGUGAUUGGAGACAAAGUACCACGGCAUCUGACGGUUUCGACAACAGUCAGGUCGAGAUUGCCGGUGAAACCCGUGCUCCGGAAGCACGGCAAGCUAAUAGCCUUCUUUAGGUCUUUCAUACUGAACCGGCCGUCUAGGAGGAGACUGAAGCAGUCGGGCAUACUGCGGGAGCGCGUGUUCGGUUGCGACUUGGGAGAACACCUGCUGAACUCGGGUCAAGAUGUACCCAUAGUCCUGACGUGUUGCGCGGAAUUUAUCGAAAAACAUGGUCUAGUCGACGGUAUAUAUCGCCUUAGCGGCGUGACAUCCAACAUCCAGAAAUUACGAAACGCCUUUGACGAGGAUCGAGUACCAGCGUUGCAUUCCGAUGAGAGUAUCCUGCAGGACAUUCACUCCGUGGCGUCUUUACUGAAGAUGUACUUUAGGGAAUUGCCGAAUCCGUUGUGCACGUAUCAGCUUUACUCCACCUUCGUCAAUGCGGUUCAAGCCAGCAGCGACGCCGAGAGAUUGAGACGCAUGAGAGACGCAGUUAGAAAGCUACCACCGCCUCAUUACAGGACACUGGAGUACCUGAUGCGUCACCUAGUAAGGGUAGCUGCACGUGGCACGGAAACUGGCAUGACUCCGCGGAACGUAGCCAUAGUUUGGGCCCCAAAUCUCUUGAGAUGUAAGGAACUGGAAGUAGGCGGUGUGGCAGCUCUUCAGGGUGUCGGCGUGCAAGCGGUUGUGACGGAAUUUUUGGUCUGUUAUGCGGAACUUAUAUUUGGGGACGGUCCUGUUGGUAGACCGAAGUCUCUGGCGAUUACCACGUCUGCGCGACUGCUCACCUUGGAGGAGGCGCGCAACAGGAGCCUCAGAGGUGAACCCGAUUACAUAGAAGUAGGGGCUGGUCCGGCUGGUUUGCCGUUGCGUUAUCACACGGUCAUCGAGCUACCGCGCAAGAGAAACGGAUCGAAGCGAUCGCCCUCGCUGAACUGGCGGGCGAUAUUCGGCAGAGGCGCCAUAGGGAAAGCGAGGCAGAUCGGCACGCCACCUCAAGCGGAAACGGUGCCGAGUUCCUUGAAUUCCUUGCGGCGAUUAAGACCUGUCAAAAGUGCCGACAGUCUGGACGGCGAGGAUAGCUUGGGCCCCCUUUUGGGCGGCCCACCACCUACCAGAACUUGCGGUCACAGCCGGUCUGUCUCGCACGACUCGUACUUCGAUCAUCUAGCCGACGCGCCUAAUGUAUCCUCGCCGCUGGAUCUCUCGGAGAUACAAUUGAAUUUCGACCUGGAGGAGCGAGAGAUGAGAAUGCUCUCGGAAGAGGAGGGUGGCGGUGUGGCAUCUGUGGAGGCGUCGCCGCGCCGACAGAGAACCGAGGCGAGUCAGUGCACCGCCACUAGCGGCGGUUCCAAGAGAAAACGGUCACGCUUAGAGGAGAGAUUGCAGUGUGACGUCGAGUUGCGUUUCAUAGACAGCCAAAGUCCUGAUCAGGUAAUGGUAGCAACGAGCGCGGACAUUCACAGUGUCGACACACCAUCUCCACUACCAACACCCGGCUACCUGCCGUUGCUGUCGGAAGCCUCAACGCCAUUGACCCCGGCGGUGUUACAGGGUGCGUCUCCAUCGCCAAUGUCGGCCAACAGUCCCAGGAUAAGUUUCCGAAGUUUCACUUUGCCACUCGAGAUCGGUGACGAGCGUGAUAGGAGCAGCAGCGCGAACAAGUUGAAGGAAACCAGCGUGUCGUCUUCCGAGAAGUCAUCGGACCCUAAUCAUAGAUUAUCAAUAAAUCUAGUAGAGCCGGAUAGGAAAUUAGAGUCGUGCGAGAGGAUUAGGAGUUACGACGCGGAGUUGCGUGGUAAAACUGCGAUCACGUCGCUUGCCGGGACUGCAAAUUCGUCUACCACUCGGUCUACUUUGGUCGCUUCAAUUUUCGACACGGAGAUGACGCCGUGUAACAGGUUGUCGUCUUCGUGCGGGGAGAUUGGAACCGGCGGAGUUGCCGCGUCUCGCAAGGUCGCGACGGACAGACUAAGUUCGCAGUCGGUGAAGAUCUCGUCCGAAUCGUACGAUAAAAAGGGAGAUGCGGGCGACGUGAAAGGGAGGUGCGAUAAAUCUACCACCGAUUCGAUACCGAACGACGUGAUCGCCGCGGUCGAGCUGCCGAGGUUGCCGUCAUCCAAUGCGACUGAUCUCGACUCGCCAAUGUCGUGCGAGCAAACCCUGCAAGAACUGCGGGAGUCUGGAUUCGUCAUUUGUGAUAGCUCGGACAUGAAGGUGUUCAGCAAUGCGGAAAAUCAGCGCGCGACCAGCAACGCCAACGACGCCGGUGAAUGGGUAAUUAUCGGGGAUACGACCGGUUCACUCGCAACGCCGAUUAGCGAAUCGACCAGUCCUAACGAUUCCUUCUUGGACAGCGGCGCGAAUCCAGUGACGUCGGAGAACGUGUCCGGAGCGUCGUUAGAGCGUACGCUGAUCUCGACCGCGGAUACGUUUCGCAUGGGAGUUGAUAACAGCGUGACGGAAAACCGCAUACUGGCACAGGAAAGCGAAGAGAUGGUGUUCGACCUUACGGACACGAAGGAGUACGUGAACCGAGAGGAGACUAAUCCGCAAACGAGUUUCAGUCUAAUGAACAAAGGCAAUCUCGUUAACGAUGAUUCCCGUUCUCGUCUGCACGACCGCGAGAAUGGCAAUCGAUACUCGUGCGACGCGACUGAUGUUAAUUUGAGCGAGGAGUCCAACGUGAGGGAUCAGCGACAGGUUCGCGCGUGUUACAUCGAGGUGGACAACGCGAAUGUAUUUGGCACGAAUCAGAACGAGGCGCGUGAGGAGCGAGAGAUGUUCAGAGAAACGGAGACCUUCGAGAACUAUCACCAUUUGUCGAGGGAUACAGGCGCGCGGCAGCAAGGUGCGUCACGUCCUUUGCAAAUCACGAACCACCCGAGAUUCGCCGGUAAAUCCGCGGAGGAUCAAGAAACAACGAACGUACCCAUGAAGCAAGACAGCUGCGACAAUGACCGUUCAAGCGGACUGUCGAAGAAGUGCCAAAGUUUCGUAUUCGGAAAUAAUUCUCAGAAACAGCAGGUCAAUGCGCAGCAGCGUAAAUGCGCUUCCAAACGCGGCGAUGAGAGCCAGAAGUGCGUGAAUUUACAAACCGCUCAAAUACGGGGCAACAUCGACGUGAGAAUUCCGUCGGAGAACGCAGCGGAACCAUGCGAGGUCGCGCACGCUCCGGAAGGAGCGUCCGAGCUGAUGGAACGAACGCUAGCUGUGGCGUCAGACGCAUUCGCGAACGCUCCUGUGCAGUCGACUGUUGACGACGCGGUGGUGCUGCGAGACACCGCGGCCAUCCUGCAGGAGCUGGCUCUGCAGAGAUUAUCCGGAGGCGCUGUGGGAGAUGCGGCCGCGUCCGCGAGGAGAAAGUACGAGGGCGAGACAAUCAGGGAUCGGAGGAACUUUGACUCGGAGAUUGGCAGAGAGAUCGUCCGGGAGAGGAAAUUGAGGCAGGAAUUGGACUGCGUGAGGAGCAAGAGCGACGAAGCGUCGCAACACUUGCCGCCUUGCUUGCGGGCGCGUCACGCGAGAGCGACUCGAGCGGCGCUGAGCCGAUCUUUGGACGAGGCCAAGUUCAAUCGGAUGACGGGUGAAAUGCCGUCGUUAUCGAUAAAACAAGCGUCCGACGACGCGCAGCACUGCUCCACGCCCAACGUCGGCGGCAGCAGCUCGAGCGCUUCCGAGAAGAUUCAGUUGAAGACUCUCGGUGGCCUGGACUUGGGUGAUCCGCAAUGUCGAGAGAGAAUCGAAAAGUACAAAGAGGAGAGGAGGACAUUUCUCAGAGACAAGUAUCGAUCGGAAAGUUUCCGCGGGAUUUCAUCGAAAACGGAAGAUGACGGUGAGCAGGCGUUACUAACCAGGUUGAAGCAGAGAGCUUCAAGACCCUCUCUUCAUUAAUCAAGUUUUCGUCUUCUUGAAAUUCGCUUUAAUUAGUAGUAGAAAUAAGCUCAGGAGAGAGCAUAGUUGAUCGGCAAUGUAAUAGCCAGCAUUGGUUUCCAAUGUAAAAUAGCUGCGGAUUGAAAUGGCGGUAGGAGUUGAUUCAGCCAAAUUUUACGACGUCUUAACGACGUCGCGUGUCCUCCACCCUCGAUACAAUGAAUCUAGCAAUCUAAUCGGAAUGGCGUCUGAAUAAAUUCGCCAUCCUAAAUCGCCUAACUUGUAUAAUUCGUUGAAUAUUUUACAUCGAACUUUUAUCACUCGAAUGUAAUGCUGACUUCUGCUUAUUUAUACUACUUGCGAGCGAGCAUUGUUGCUUACGUUCAUGACGAUAUUCAUGUAAUUCUGCUUUAAACGCCUUUAAUCGAUUCACUAAAUCGCUUUCACUCGAAUCUCAUUAAAUGCCGUAAAGUAACUCGAAUCGCGAAUAAUAUUGAGACUAGAAUGUGGCGAGGUCGACGAUGAAGUAUACUUCGAGUCGCGACUCGAUCUUCGUCGCGCGAUCAUUAUUAGCGGAAUUGUAGGAGUGCUUGUGAAGCUCGUUAUUAAUUUAUUAAUAACUCAAAGAGAGAAAUAUUAACUUUUAUUAUUGUUAUAAGCUUUAAUAACAAAUCUUUGUAAUUAUUUCUAUUAUUAUUAUUAAUGUUUAUUGAUCUUUCAUUGAUAUUUUUCAUUGAUUUACUCGUGUUCUUUGUACUGUUACGCUAGCAAGCAUAUAAUUUAAUUACUUUGGAUGUACCAGAGUCAUUAAAAAUCCACGAAUAACUGCGAUUCGUAAAGAAAUGCUAGUUCUGCAUUUCAGGUUGAUAUUUUAUUUUUAUAAAUUAUAAACGAUGACGUUAAUUUCCCGGCAUAUCCAAGAGUUGCCGCUUACGAAAUUAUUUUUAUAUAGCGCUAGUUACAAAGUGUUAUCUGUUUGUCAAAAUAUGUAUUUCUAUUUGUUUGCUGCUCUUCUUGCUGUGCUCUCUUUUUUUUCUUUUAUUUUGUCCACGACAAACGGCACGUUCUUUUUUGUUUUAGCUUUAAAUACAACUGUAUUGUACUCUAGAGUGUCGCGUGUUAAAAAUCUCUGGUACAUACAUAAGGUUUAAGAUUAAAUUAAUUGAACAUUGAGUGUGUUAAAAAGUCUCGACAAAUUUAUUCACGACAUCAAAUCGGACAUUUCGUUCGUGCGUCAAUGUUAUCUCUUUAUGGACUGGUGUAUAAUAAUGUCUAGCGAUAAAUAUACCGUUCGAACAUGUGCUAACUUCCUUUGGUUAGUUAAUGUGUAACGUGUAACAUAUUGAUUCACGUGUCAACGCGUGUUUUACGACGAGAAACUUGCUUGAAAUCAAGAUUACUAUACAAAAUACUAGCAGUUCUCUUGAAAAUGAUUGUUCUAGAGCCUACUAUCGCGCCUAACCGGCCUCGAGCAUCACCGGAUUUUAAUUACUAAGCAGUAGUUCCGUUUAGCUACCUCACUGCAUCUCAUUAGGCUAUUACGGACGAAAUUCUACACCGCGCGGAUAGAAUUUAGUUACAUUUUUAUAGCUUCAUUUGCGUUCGCUUUUGCGUUAUUUACGAGGGCGAGAUAACUGACCGCUCACUUUUCUGCAGAACGCAAUAUCUUUACGCGCGAAAAUUUUAUUUCUUCUUUUUCCA